AUGGAUAAUAAGAAGUCUAUAUUUCAGAUUGAUCACGAUCUCCUAUAGGAGUUUUUCAAUAAAGACACAGGCAGCAACUACGGAGGCAAUAGUUUUUAUGAUGAGGAACCUGAGAAGGAUAGUUUUAUGCGAUACACAGGUUUUAAUCAAGGAAAUUACUAUCCAUAAUUUGAAAAUGUUGCAUAGCCGACCCCAGCAUUAGAAGAGGGAAGUCGGAAUGAUCUAGUAUAUCCAGGAAUUAAGACAGAAUCAGAGAACAACAGGCAAGGAUAAUUUUCAUACGAAUCGACCCAAUACAAACAAGAAUUAUUACAGAACUAGAAUCUUUCUGGAGAAGGAAACGGUAAUGGGAAGGGCUCGCGCAGAAAAGACAAAGAAAAAACGAAGAACGUAUCCUUUAAGGAAGAGGUUAAGAAAUCCAAAACAAAAGUUGACAAAAAUCCACCGAAAAAGUAAUUGAGCAAUGACAGUCUAAUGGAUGAUGAUGAUUUAGAUGACUACGAUUCUAGCUCAGAUUAAUCUAAUUAUAAUAUGGGCUCUAGCAAAAAAUCUGGCGAAACUUAAGAUGGUAAAAAAAAAUAAAGAAGAUAAAGAGGGGGAGCAUCAACAGACUCAAGGCAGAGAAGACUGGAAAAAAAUAGAGAGUCUGCAAGAGAGAGCCGUAAGAGAAAGAAAAAUUAUAUCACUACUUUGGAAGCUAAAAAUUAAACACUUGAAAGCGAAGUUAAUCGUCUUAGACUUAUUUUGUAAAAUUAAAAGGAAAAGGAGAAGCUUUCCUACUUUUCUCAUUUGGACUCAAUGGAUUAAUUACUGACUGGGCGAUAAACAUUGUAUGAAAGGCUAGAGAACUGUGUCAAUAGUGGAGGAGAUGGCCCUGAGAUGGAAAAUAUUAUUAAUGCACUUCAGAUCAGGACUGGAUCUUUUGGAGUUGAGAGGAAAAAUCUUGUGAACAAUCUGUUCAAAACAAUAAUCGAAGUUAGCUUUCCUAACUUUGUGAAGUAUUUAUUUUGGGGUUCGACGCAAAAUAAGGGACUCUUUGAUGAUGAUGGAAUCAUUGAUGCUGAAAAAAGAAAAAAGCUAAGCAAGUAUCAACUUGAAGAACUAAAGGCCAGAAUUGGAUUCGAUAUAAUUGACACUUUACUGGAUCAGAAAAAAGCUCUUUUCAAGGAAUCUUCGAAAAUGGAAUAAUGCAUGGGCAGACUAAGGUCAUAUCUUACUACAGAAUAAACUGCCAAAUUUCUUAUCUUAAUGGAAAAAUUUAAAUCGAAGCAAGAGCUAAGUUUAUUCAGAUUAUGGGAUAUCAAGAAAUUAGACAAAUCAAGAGAUAAAUAGAUGAUUAAAAUGUAUUCCGUAAACGGAAAAGAUUCUGAUGAUGAAGGGGGAUUACCGGAGUCAGACGAAGAACUUAUGAACCUUCAGAAAGCAGCAGCAAUGCAGGGUGUUAAUAUGCACGGACAGGCUAUACUAAAUGCAACGUAGUUUCAAGCGGGCAGUUCGAUAAUCAAUAAAAAGACAGAUAUGCUGCUAAAUUGA